AUGCCUAAAAGAAACUAUCUAAACGCCUACUCGGGUCCCGAUGCCAUUCGGAAUUAUUUUGACCCUGAUUGUCAACCAAUGCUUCCAUUGGUAGAACUACCACCCAGCCUGAACCCAUUUUAUAAUGACGGUGUUCGCAUACACGCCAAAAUGAUGUCCAUGCAUCCUGCAAACAACGUCAAGGUUAUGCCGGCUUUGAACAUGUUGGAGAAAGGAGUGCAACCAGAAAAGUCAAAGACUGUCGUUGAGUACUCAAGCGGAUCGACCGUCAUCUCACUUGCACUACUUUCACGGAUCAAUCACGGAAUUAAAGACACACGCGCUUUCUUGAGCAACAAGACCAGUGGCCCUAAACUGCGACUCAUGCAGUUCUUUGGGCUGGACAUAACACUGUUCGGAGGCCCGUCUCAACCCGAUCCUACCGAUUGCCGCGGAGGUAUACAACGAGCCAAGAAGAUGGCUGAAGAGGAUGAAUCAGUCUUGAACUUGAAUCAAUACGAAAACGAUGCAAAUUGGCAAUCUCACGUCAGAUGGACCGGUCCUCAGAUCCUCGAGCAGCUGCCCAAUAUUCGACUGAUAUGUGCUGGUAUGGGUACAUCGGGUACUAUGACAGGCUUGGGGCAAUACUUUAAGGCUCAGGAUCCAUCAGUUUUUCGCUUGGGUGUAUGUACAGCCCCUGGCGAUCGAGUUCCCGGUCCCCGUUCUUUUGCGCUACUGGCUCCGGUCGAAUUCCCUUGGCGCGAUUCAGUAGAUGCUAUCGAGGAAGUCGGUUCAAAGGACGCAUUCGGUCUCAGCCUACAGCUUUGCCGUGAAGGCCUUAUCUGUGGACCAUCGUCCGGCUUCAAUCUCAAAGUAGAAGGACUAUUCAACUAUUUGGCCAAGCGAAAAGCAGCCGGUACCCUGAAAGAACUUGCCGGCUCUAACGGAAUCAUCGAUUGUGCCUUCAUCUGCUGUGAUCUCCCUCUCCAGUACGUUGAUGAGUAUUUCGAUAAGCUUGGCGCCGAAGCUUUCCCGCCUAUUCAUAAUGAAAAUCUCACAGCAGUCGAUCUUUACCGUUACGAUGACGGUUGGGAACUGGAGCCCACUCAAUUACUCUCGCAAUUCACAAGCACAGCACAAGGCGACAGCAACGAAACAGUUAUACUUGACCUACGAAAACCAGAAGAUUUUGCCAGAAGUCAUGUACCAGGCUCAUGCAACCUGCCACUGCAGAGCUGCAAUGCCUCCAUGCCCAGUCCAUUUCUCGAUGCCGCAAUACUCGAGACUCAAUGGAAAGAGCUAGAGGCUACAUUCACCUCCGAUCGUAUCAGUGCUUACGAUCUUGCUGGCAAGCAGGUAUAUGUGCUAUGCUAUGACGGAGAUACAUCCAGAGUUGCUACAAGUAUACUUCGGGCAAGAGGAAUUACCGCGAACAGUGUGAAAGGUGGAAUCGCUGCAGUGCGAAAAGACAUUCCAGAACUACAACUGACCGAGCGCGGUAGGGUGCUCACGCAGCAGAACCGAUCAAAUCUGUCCAAAGCUGCUACGAAGGAGAUGAGAGCAGACUCGCUAUCGCCUCAAGCGCGAGGGCAGACGGGCAUCGUGCUGUAA